AUGCCCGAAAGCAGCAGAUUGAGCCGAUACGAUCAUCUUAAGGCUAUCUUUUCUAGAAAUUCUAGCCAAGAGCGCGAGAUCAAAGAUGAUACAUCCGAAACUACACUCGUUCCUCGACAAACAAAAACGAAGAGCUACAAGAAGCGUGACCUUCCACAACAAUAUAAUGGACAAAUUGUUUAG